UUAGCAAAGUUCGGUGGGGAGGAUAAGUGGCGGAAGAGGAACGCAAGGAGACAAAGAGAGGGCGGGCGGGACGACAGGCAGAGGAGAAUAAACCCUAGAAGGAGAUGGAACGGUACUGGGCGAAGGGCAAUGGCGAAAGGCAACGUGUGGCCCCUGGUGACGAAUGGUUGUUCUGUCCCCCCUCCAACCAAUAGGCGAGUGGUUCGGCCCGGACAAGAUGGCGGCGGCUGCGCGCCCAAAGAAGGAGAGCAUGAAAGCGGCAGGCAGAAGUCUCUGUGGCUGAGGUGAAAACGGUGCCAGCAUUUCAGGCAGCAGGAUGGGGGAGUGGCAAAGGAUCUUUGUACAAAACUUGACGGUCCCUCCACACAACCAGAGGAGACGGCACUCUCCACCCAGGGAAUCAACGGCAUUUCAGUUCAUCCUGAAGUCUGUGGAGGGGGAUGCAUUGAAGCUGAGAGCGUUGGACGAAAUGUCGGACGUGGAAUUCCAGCUGCGCCUUUCCUUCUUUGAUGUCACCUACCACCAUUUCUUUGGGAAGACCUGGAGGAGUGCCACGAAGCCCCUUAAAGCUGGGCUGGGACAUCCCCCUGCUGUGGUCUUCCACGAGACUGUUUAUUUCCACACAUCUUUGGAUUAUCCCAGCAUCGUUUUGGUGGUGGAGGUCGUAGCAACAGCCAGGAGGCGGGACGGGACCCCGCAGGAGAUGUCGUGUGGUUUUGGGAUCGUACAUUUGUUUAACAGCAGAUCUGAGCCAACAAACCUGAACUUGAAGGACAAAGGGCUCAGUUUGUAUCAUGGGACCCCACGAGCCCUCUUGCACCCACUUCUCCAAGAGCCAAUAGAGAUGAACAAGAACCUGAUGGUGAUUGACAGCUGUCAUCUUCAAUGCAGCUUGCAGCCACACCCACCCCUGGAGGCUGUCUAUCACCUCCUGCCAGAGAACACCCUUGUGUCCAGCUUGCAGAGAAUCCCUGGCAUGCUAGCAGCACAUGAAGGAGACUUAUUCCAGAAACCACGACUCAUGAAGACCGUGACGUGGUACUUGGAGAAGCUGUCCAUCCACCUCUACCCUUCGUUGGAGAGAUUUGAAGAGGAGCUCUUGGAGCUGCUCAUGAGUGAUCAGGGCAACUCGAUGCUGGAUGGGAACACCCUCGCGGUGCAGGAGAGGCGGCUGCACAUUGGGGUACACAACGGCUUUUGCUUUGUGCAGCCACCACAGGUGGUGGUGGUGGUGCCAGAGGCCGAGGUGGCUCGAGGGCGGACCGGCAGCUUACAGAGGAAACAAGGAGCCGGUGUCAGACCCAGUUCGGAGGGGCAAGCUCUUGUGCUGCGAAGCCGCAUACACUUGACAGAGAUGGUCCAUCACCCGGCCUUUGGAGUGGUCCUGCUGCUGGAGUACGUCUUCUCCGUGGCAAGUGGACCAGAUGGGAAGGUAUGCGUUGCAUCUGCUGUCACCUCUUUGGUGGCAUAAGGAUGGCUUGAGUCU